AGCCUCUUUAAAACCGGAUGUAAGUGUAACGACUGCAUCUACUUAUCCGCGCGCGCUAUUGCUAGGCGACGGGCUUCUGCGUGACCCGAUUCGAGCUCCAUCCAGGGUCGCCUCGUCAUUGUAGCUGCUCCCUCUCCACUCACUUCUUCCUCCGCAUCCCUCUACACAUAUCUCUACACAUAUUCCAGGUAGUCGGACGACCUAGAAAAAUGUCUUGCGCGGGGAAUCGGUUGAUGAUAUUAUUCGGAGUCUUGAUGCUGCAUUCGGGCUCCGCUCAGAACGCGGGUUUCGUGAAGUCCCCUCUCUCUGAGACUAAGCUGACGGGCGACACCUUUGAGCUGUACUGUGAUGUGGUGGGGAAGCCCACCCCUGAGAUCCAGUGGUGGUAUGCAGAGGUGAACAGGGUUGACAGCUUCUUCCAGCUGUGGGAUGGCGCGCGCAAGCAACGCAUGUCCAUCAACACUGCGUACGGAAUCAACGGAGUUAGCGUAUUAGCCGUCACUCGCGUCACCAUCGAGGAUUCUGGGAUUUACGAGUGCAGAGCCAGUAAUGACCCGCGGCGUAACGAUUUACGCCAGAAUCCAUCAACUACCUGGAUACGAGCCCAGGCAACAGUUACCGUGUUGCAGAAACCAUCAAUCUUUUCAUCAGAUCAUAUGAUCUUACCCAUGGGUUACCACAGCCCACCAAUCACGCUUCAGUGCAACCUCACAUCUUCUCAAAACGCCCACCGAGCGAGCUUCUGGAUGAAGAAUGGGGAGGAGAUACCAGACACAAGGGGCGAUGGCAAGAACACAGAAUACAAACUUACUAAACCCAGGCCAGAUGAUGCGGGCGAGUAUAUGUGCGUGUACAUAUUCGACAUGGCCCCUCCAGCAAAUGCCACCAUUGAGGUAAAAGCUGUGCCAGACAUCACAGGGCACAAGCGCAGUGAGAAUAAGAAUGAGGGGGAGAAUGCCGUCCUCUACUGCAAAUCCGUGGGUUAUCCUUAUCCCCUGUGGGCCUGGCGUAAACUUGACAAUGGCAUCUACAUGGAAAUUGACAACUCCUCCGGCCGUUUCUUCGUCAGCAACAAGGAUGGCUACACCGAGCUGUCCAUCAUCAACCUGGACAUCACCGCCGACCCUGGAGAAUAUGAGUGCAACGCGACCAAUGUCAUUGGCUCCACCUCCAUGAUAUCUGUGCUGCGGGUUCGGAGCAUCCUGGCCCCCCUGUGGCCCCUCCUAGGGGUCCUCGCCGAGAUCAUCAUCCUGGUACUCAUCAUCGUCAUCUACGAGAAGCGCAAGAAGCCAGAUGACGUGCCUGACGAUCAUGUGGACUGCCGGGUACGUGUGCAUCAUUUACCUGGGGAAGAGAUGGCAGCAGGAUGCACUAUGGGAAGAAGGCAGUGCAGUGUGAUGUUCUGGGCAUUGUUCUGAUGGGAACCUUGGGUCCUGACAUUCAUGUGGAUGUUACUUUGACAUGUACCACCUAACUAAAAAUUGUUGCAGACCACAUACACCCCUUCAUGGCAGCUGUAUUCCCUGAUGGCAGUGGCCUCUUCCAGCAGGAUAAUGCGACCUGCCACACUGCAAAAAUUGUUCUGGAAUGGUUUGAGGAACAUGACAAAGAGUUCAAGGAGUUGACUUGGCCUCCAAAUUCCCCAGAUCUCAAUCCGAUUGAGCAUCUAUGGUAUGUGCUGGACCAACAAGACCGAUCCAUGGAGGCCCCACCUCACAACUUACAUGACUUAAAGGAUCUGCUGCUAACGUCUUAGUGCUAGAUACCACAGGACACCUUCUGAGGUCUUGUGGAGUCCAUACCUCGAAGAGUCAGAGCUGUUUUGGCAGCAAAAGGGGGACCUAUACGAUAUUAGGCAGGUGGUUUUAAUUUUGUGGAUGGUCAGAGUACAUAUAUAUGUAUAUAUACAGUUGAAGUCAGAAGUUUACAUACACUUAGGUUGAAGUCAUUAAAACUCAUUUUUUAACCACUCCACAGAUUUCAUAUUUGCAAACUAUAGUUUUGGCAAGUUGUUUAGGACAUCUGCUAGAGUUGGGGUACUCGAGUUCGGACUUCAGUUCGAGUCACGAGUCCUAUUUUAAUGGACUUGGACUUGUCACGGACUCGGAUGCAUUUUGACUUGGGCUCGAGCCUUUAGGAAUCUGGAUUUUAUUCCGAGUCCAGCCGAGUCCAUGGCAUUUGUGAUGUAAUGACAAACAAACUAGCAUACAAAUAACGUAACAUAGGGUGACCAUACAUCCUAUUUUUUCUGGACAUGUCCUAUUUUUCAGACCUGAAAAAAGCAUCUGGCUGGGAUUUCAAAAUUGCCUCUAAAUUUCCUCUAAAUUUGGCUUUGUCUUCAUAAUGAUGAGCUCUCUACAGUUAGCACUAUCAUACAUUCUGUGUAUUUGAUAUGGUGCAUCAGUUUUCACACGUAUAUGUCCUUACGUGUGAUUAUUUUGUCUGAGAGCAGCAGCGCGCACUCUUUCAAAGUACUUUCUCUCUCUCUCACCCGCGCACGUGCUGUAUGUGUGUGCGUGAAAAAGAUCGCCUCUAUUCGAUUCGAGAAGUCUCUAUUCACCUAAUAUCCAUACUAAAUAUAAUUUGAAAAUAACAACACGUCAGCUCAAGGAGAGUUUGUCAUCAAAAAAUUGUAUCUUAACUUUAGGAAAGUAGGCUACACCUGGAC